GGUGCGUGCGCCUUUUUGUCGCCCCUGCCUGCGCAGUUUGUUGGGCGUAUCGGCAGCCUCCGGUGGUGUGCCGUUCCCGCGCGCUGCCGCCGGGGGGCAGUGCCGCCCUAAUGGAGAGGGUCUCACGCCGCAGUGUGCAGCGUUAGUUCCUUUCUUGGUGCUUAUUUGUUGGGACGCUUUACUAUGUUCGUCGGCAAUUUUGUCCGCCCCAGAAAAAUCUUCUCCCAAGCUGGCUCAGCUGGCGACUGAGGGUUAAUGCCUG